GGGGCGCAUAUAGUCAGGCAGGCUUCCUACGCUCCUGUUGGUUAGUUUUAUAUCUGACGGUGGAACACACUUAAAACGAAGUAUUAGGGAGAUGUUGCGCUUAAGUUUGGACUGUUGUGAAUCUUCCACACGAGAGUCUCUGGACCCCAUUUCUGGAGCGCCAAAUUGACACAUAUAUUUAAUGUUUCAUCGAUAAGCAUGGUACUUGUAUUUUUAGAAUACAGCGUCGUCGGGUACAGUCAUUAGCCUGACUAAUUUGUUUGGUUAACAUUUUUCUUUAUUCGUUCCAUGUGACAUUGAUGAACUCCGAGCAUCACUCUCGCGGACAAUGAAGACCACUCGAAAAUGCCGGGCUCUGUUGUCCGUAGGUUUGAACCUGUUAGCCCUCCUCUUCUCCACCACGGCAUUCAUAACAACGUACUGGUGCGAGGGAACCCAGAGGGUCCCCAAACCGAACUGCAGCAAAGAAAGGCGACACAACUGCAUCGAUUACGGGGUGAACCAGACGGACCAGAGCAAAGUUCACUACAGCUGGGAGACUGGAGACGACAGGUUCCUCUUCCGACAUUUUCACACUGGAAUCUGGUACUCUUGCGAAGAAAAUAUAGAUGGAGCAGGGGAGAAGUGCCGAAGCUUUAUUGAUCUGGCCCCAGCAUCCGAGAGGGGUGUCCUCUGGCUGUCAGUGGUGUCGGAGGUGCUGUAUAUCCUGCUCCUGGUGGUGGGCUUCAGUUUGAUGUGUCUGGAACUCUUCCACUCCAGCAACGUGAUCGAUGGACUCAAGCUCAAUGCCUUCGCGGCUGUCUUCACGGUGCUGUCAGGACUCCUGGGGAUGGUGGCUCACAUGAUGUACACACAGGUGUUCCAGAUCACAGUCAGCCUGGGACCUGAGGACUGGAGGCCUCACACCUGGGACUAUGGCUGGUCCUUCUGCAUGGCCUGGGGCUCGUUCACCUGCUGCAUGGCCGCCUCCGUCACCACCCUCAACUCCUACACAAAGACGGUGAUCGAGUUCCGGCACAAGCGCAAGCUGUUCGAGCAGGGCCUGCGGGAGGAGCAGACCAUCCUGGACCAGGAGGCCUUCCACUACUUCCGGGACCGCUCGGUGCAGUCCAUCUCCGGCUCCGUGGAGGUCUUCCAGGCCCAGGGUCUGGCACCGGGACCAGGCGGUGGCAGGGGCAAAGCACGGGGACCCCCGGUGGCCACGUCGGUAGACCUGGGGGACAACCCCGACUCUCUGGGAGAGGAACAGUGCUGA